GUGAAAUGCUGUAAAUACUGGCCUGACGACACCGAGAUCUACAGAGACAUCAAGGUCACGCUCAUCGAAACACAGCUUCUGUCCGAAUACGUGAUCAGAACGUUUGCAGUGGAGAAGCGAGGAGCUCACGAGAUCCGAGAGAUCAGUCAGUUCCACUUCACGGGCUGGCCGGAUCACGGCGUGCCGUAUCACUCCACGGGUCUCCUGGGAUUCAUCCGCCGGGUCAAAGCCAAGUCCCCGCUCAACGCCGGGCCCAUCGUGGUCCACUGCAGCGCGGGGGCGGGGCGAACCGGCUGCUUCAUCGUGAUUGACAUCAUGCUGGACAUGGCGGAGCGCGAGGGCGUGGUCGACAUCUACAACUGCGUGCGGGAGCUGAGGUCACGCAGGGUCAACAUGGUCCAGACCGAGGAACAGUACGUCUUUAUCCACGAUGCCAUUUUGGAGGCGUGUCUUUGCGGCGACACCACAAUCCCAGCCAAUCAGCUUCGCUCUGUUUACUACGACAUGAACCGAUUGGACCCUCAGACCAACUCCAGUCCAAUCAAAGAGGAGUUCAGGACUCUGAACAUGGUGACGCCGACGCUGCGUGUGGAGGACUGCAGCAUCGCUCUGCUCCCGCGUAACCAUGAGAAGAAUCGCUGCAUGGAUGUUCUUCCUCCCGACCGAUGCCUGCCCUUCCUCAUCACCAUCGACGGCGAGAGCAGCAACUACAUCAACGCCGCGCUCAUGGACAGCUACAAGCAGCCGUCGGCGUUCAUCGUUACCCAGCAUCCUUUGCCGAACACAGUGAAGGAUUUCUGGCGGCUGGUUCUGGACUAUCACUGCACGUCUAUCGUCAUGCUGAACGACGUGGAUCCCGCUCAGUUGUGUCCACAGUACUGGCCUGAGAACGGUGUGCAUCGGCACGGGCCGCUGCAGGUCGAGUUCGUCUCCGCUGAUCUGGAGGAGGACAUUAUCAGCAGGAUCUUCCGCAUAUACAACGCUGCACGGCCUCAGGACGGGUACCGGAUGGUCCAGCAGUUCCAGUUUCUGGGCUGGCCGAUGUACCGGGACACUCCCGUCUCCAAGCGCUCGUUCCUGAAGCUCAUCCAUCAGGUGGACAAGUGGCAGGAGGAGUACGACGGCGGAGAGGGGCGCACGGUCGUCCACUGUCUGAACGGUGGCGGGCGCAGUGGGACGUUCUGUGCCAUCAGUAUCGUGAGUGAGAUGCUUCGACACCAGCGAUCCGUCGAUGUGUUUCACGCCGUCAAAACACUGCGCAACAACAAGCCCAACAUGGUGGACCUUCUGGAUCAGUACAAGUUCUGCUAUGAAGUGGCGCUGGAGUAUCUGAACUCAGGCUAACUGCAGUGUGUGUGUGUGUGUGUGUGUGUGUGUACAGUCGGCUUGUAUAUCUUUAAAAUGAAGACUUCAUGAAGAGAAGAUUCAACAACUCCUGCGUCAGUUUCCCGCUG